UACUAGUCACACAGUCUGAAGGAGGAGCAGACAGACACGGGCAGUUUGCAUUAGUGAAACUGAAAGCAACUGUAUUCUAUGUCAGUGAAUGUCUAUAGCUGUUGUCACUGGUCUCCCAUGGCAUUUAUGCACACUAUUGGGUGACGUGACAACUUAAAAACAAUCAGUUGUCAUAAGACCUGGCCGUGUGCGUUGGCAGGAACAAUGUUAACAAAGUAAUUUAUUUACUGUGGGUGUAUGUGGUUACAGGAGUACACUUGUCAAAACUUUAGUGUCACCAUACAUCAGUGUGAGUCGCUAUUGGCUAAUGGCGUCAUUGGAAAGCAGAAAACAAUAAUAUGGAGUUCACUGACAGACCUGAAACACAAGUAUCGGAAGCACCGGGUGAAGGUGAAGAAGAACAGAACUCUAAAGAGGAAGCAGAAACGCUAACCAGAUGGGAGAGGGAGCAACAUGAUCUGAAGGAAAAACUUAUAACCUGCAACACAGAGGAAUGGCAGGAUCACCCUGAAUUUGUGGGACUGGAGAGAAUUGGUGGGGUUGAUCUGUCUUACCCUAAAGAAAAUGAUAACACUGCGUGUGCCUCACUGGUUGUCUUGAGCUACCCAGCGAUGGAGGUAAUUUAUGAAGAGUACAACAUGGUGACCUUAGAUGCCCCCUACAAAGCAGGUUUCUUGGCUUUUCGGGAGGUGCCAUCCUUAGCUGCAGCACUGCAGAAGCUGAAGGAGAAGGAUCCUGGCAUGAUGCCCCAGGUGCUUUUUGUGGAUGGCAAUGGGAUUCUACAUCACAGGGGGUUUGGAGUAGCUUGCCAUCUGGGCAUACUCACCAACCUGCCAUGCAUAGGGGUUGCCAAGAACCUGCUUCAGGUUGAUGGUUUGGCGAAUAAUGAUGAGCACAAAGAACAGAUCCGACAGCUGCAGGAUAGUGGCGAUAUGUUUCAACUGACCGGCGACACAGGCUGCAUUCUGGGCACUGCCUUAAAGAGUUCCAGCAAGAGCUCUAAACCUAUCUAUAUCUCUGUGGGACAUAAAAUGAGCCUAAAGUCAGCCGUGCGCUUGGUCCACUUAUGUUGCAAGCACAGGGUGCCUGAGCCCAUCCGACAGAUCAACAUUAUACUCCUACUCCAUUACCUCUGCUGUUGUGUUUCAGUACUGGUUUGGCUGUCUGCUAUGAGAUUGUCUAUGGAUGGCGUACCUUCCGCAAUGAAAACGUUUAUUUCUACAGCCUUUAUGAAGGCCUUGGCUGCACUGCCACUUUCAAAUAAGCGAAAAAGAUAUCUAUCCACAUAUUGUGAUAGGUUGGCAGUCACAGAAUCUAUGCCGGAUAUUAUUGGCCUGCCUGGUGGGUCCGUAAGGGACUUAUGUAUCUUAGGCUGAUAUUCGAUCAAGGGAGUUUCUACGCAAAAAAACUACAUCUGCAUCUGAAAGUCAUGGGACAAGAUGAUCCUUCUUCUGAUCAUGGGUAUCUGAUGGUUCCUACAUGACGUAAAACAACUGGGCACCAGUACAUCUUUAGCUCCAUAGGUUUAAGUGGGAGGACAAAACAAAUGAGACCUUCUUCAUUUCUCGCUACACAAACACAUCCUUGAGAGGCUAUUAAUCUUUUUACACAGUCAUUAACCGCUCACUCCAAAAUGUUAUUGACGGCUUUUUAAUGAUGCAUAAAGCUAACAUUGCUCCAGAUUUUACAUUAUUUUUAUGAAUGUAGUUAAAAUGUAUUUAAAUCUAUGUUGCAUUCGCCUACAUUAAAACACUUGGGGUCUAAGGCGUUAAUAAUAAUAAAUGGAUAUAUUUUAAAUAGAAUAAGACUUUAAUUCAAUGUUCUUUCUCAUUUCAAAGUCUUAGCUGAUGUUUACAAAAUUGAAUGUCUUCCAAGGAUUAUCUUCGCUGCGUUGAGAAAUGUAUUUGCUUUCCUCUUGUUCUUAUGGAAGAUCUGGUGUUUGUAGUAAAUCCAACUUACCCAGUUUAAGAAAGAAAUUGCAUUUUUUUAUCUUUGCUAUUGGAAAGCUUGAUAAAAGUCUGGUACUCACAGCAGUUGGAACCAAACAUGAUAUAUUCAUUCAUCUCUUUUACAUUAUUUUAUUUAAGGAACAAGAGACUCAAAAUUUAAAGGUAUAUGAAACUCUAAUUCCAUUUGACAGAUCAAUGCAAUAAUAAAAUAUAACUAAAUACUUA